AUGCUCAAGCACAUCGUCAACUACUUGAAGUGCAACAGGCAGACAGAGGAACAGCCUCUCUCAGGGAAGAGAUGUAAUCCGUUUGCCUACAUGCUCAAAUUCAAGAGGCACCUAAAGUUCAAGGCAGCUACCAACUCUCGCAAGCCGAGGCUCGAUAUAUCUUCCUACUUGGAGAGACUCAGGAAGCAAAAGAAACCAGACACAGCUCGGCCAAGCUUCGAACCACUCUUGGUGCCGGCCGAACAAGGCCAGUCUCUCACACCCGACAGCGUCAUCUCUGCUCAGCCCAAGGUGCUUGUUCUGGAGGGCCACAACGAUGAUCCGAUAUGGUUUGAUCAUGCGAGGCCCAAAGGUGCGAUCGACAGGAGUAUGCGAGAGUCCGAUAUGGCAGAGGCGGAUAUCGUUCUCCUUACCGUCGGAUCAGUUGAUGAUCCAGUCCUAACUAGGCGACUGUCUGAGAUACCGGAUGAAAAGUCCAGGGUCAUUGUCGCUUCACGCACUUUUCGACUCAGGGGCAUCCCAAACGACCGCUGCACCAUUGUCACAGCUAAUCCUUCCGCUGAUUUUGCUGGAAGCUCAGCUAUCGACACCUCGACCAGAGUUCAGUUGCCACCUUUUCCCCCUUCAUCCUUCUCCAUCGGUAUUAUUGCGAACGAUCCGCAGACCGCACGCGACUGGGUCAACCACAGGCGUGAGAUUCCGGAAACCCUGCAGGUGGGGGAUCACAGGAUCACACUGAUUUCCAACCACAAACCUCAACAGGGCAAGGGCAGCCCAGUGGAUGGAUACAUCGUCAUCGCAACAGACAACUACGAGACAAUCGCGCUGCCCGAAGGUCCUUGGCCCAUAGUAGGAGUAUACAAGGAUCCAGACAUGGAUGCGCUCAAGCAGCUGCCUGGUGCGACCAGAACGAACCCAUUGGUCCUCUGUCUCUCGGAUCCAUUGCCUGCCUUACUCAGGCGAAUCAUCUUCCGGAAGCUUGUAGAGAGCCAAAAGCGUGGCGAAAUCCCACUUAGCAGGAUCGAUCCGUUUAUCAACAUUCAGUCACCAAUGCCUUCCGUCAGCGAAUAG